AUGUCCCUACAGUUGAAGUUGAUUCGCGAUGGGUUUCCUGCACAAAAUGUACCAAUACGAGUAGCCAAAAGUCACGUUACAAAAGAGAAGCGUCUGUUUGAAGUCGGAAAAGAGCUGCAACUUAUUUUGGAUUUUCCUAUGAUCACUUGAGAUGCAGCUACAAGGAUUACAUUCUGGUCUUAAACGACAGAAGAGUCAAUGAAGUUAUCAAGACAGAUGUGUUUCCAUUACAUUUCUCACACAAAUUCUCUUCCACUUUUUCCCAAUGUGCAACCAUUAUUGAUCAAUGCAUUGAAGAAAUCGGACAUGAGGAUUGGGAUAUAAGAAAUCGAGAGAAAAUUCAGAAAUCUAAUUAUUACCUCCAUAUUCUAACAGAACACCUCUUUUUCGAUUCCUAUCCAAUGCUCACAUACUAUCGUGAUUUGUUCUCUUUGAAGCUGGCUUCAUGUCUGGAUAUGGAAUAUUCGAGCUUUGAAAAUGCGACGAAAAUAAACUUUCGAGAAUUUUUCCCGGAAGCGAGAAGUCUUACUUUUAGUAAAAAACCGGACGCAAAACAAGGAAUGCAGGGAGGCGGAAUGUUAAAGAUGCUCAUCGACGAAAAAGAGACAAUAUUCUAUAUAAAAGCAUUCACAGGACUCAAUGAGGAAAAUGCUAUCAAGUUAAAUGAAUUAGUUGUGUGCAAGAUCCUUCAUCGAAUGGGCAAGGGACCAAAUUAUUGGUUUUAUAUUAAUAACCAUUUUUCAAAAAAGGCCGUCUACAUGGCAAGUAAAGAAGUUGUUGGAUGCGGAUGAAAACGGAGGUGUUUUGGAAGAUUAUAUGGAAUCUGACGUUAGAUUGAUUGAAUCCGUUCUUCGUAUAAGCGAUCUUCAUGAUACCAACUACGGAGUGAACUCUGAAGGAGUGCUUCAGAUUGUUGAUUUUCAAGCGGUACCGGAAAAGAAAUUGAAAUAUUAUAUCAGCAAAACUGAUCCGCUCGACGCUGACUUUUCGGACUCGGAAACGUCUACAUCAUCAGGUCGUACAUCGUCUUCUUCCGAUUCAGAGACAUGCAAUUCCGUCAAAACUGAUCGUCGCAGAGCUCUAGAAUCCUUUGUGCAAAUUUAUGGAAAUACAUUUCGCGGAAUUGUGAAGGAGUCAGCGGAUGAGAUCCGAGGCUUCGCCAAUCUUCUUCAAGAUAAUCAUGUGGAAUACUUGGACAAUAUUGAUGACUACGUGGAGAAAGUCAUCAACAACUUCGAAGUUCUCUGCGAACUUUGAAU